AUCUCAUUUACAAGAGUUGUCCUGCACUUUGCAGCAACUGAAAUAGCUUUAGGUGUUGUUGAAUGAAUGAAGCAAACCUCUGCCAGGGCCAUGGAUAAGCUGAGAAGGCCAGUUGGAGGCAGAAAGCUUGGGUCAAAUCGCUGGAGACAACCAAGAAGCAUGGAGGAAAAUGCGCAAACAUACCUUAUCUCAGAGGAAGAGCAAUUCCAUUCUGAAAUCACUGAAAAGAUGUGGGACAUCUUCCAAAAACAUGAUGAAAGCAAGCAAGGUUUUAUUACUCGAGAGGAUAUGCAGAAACUGGAGGGAGAGGUGCCUUGGCGCACAGAAGAGUUGGAGCUUCUCUUUGAUGGCCUUGAUGCUGACAACAAAGGCUACAUAACCAUUGAAGAGUUCACUGCAGGGCUAAGGCAUUUUCUGAGCUCACAGACAGCAACAAGAGAACACAGGAAGAGGAAGGCCACAUCAGCAAGGAAUCCUACAAACCUGUCAUUGGUGGAAGCUAAUUUAGAGGAGCAAAAGCACUUCAAGGCAUUCAUAAACCAAUUGGGAGCGGACAAUAUCUUUGAAGACCAGUCGGAGAUCUGGAGGAUUUGGUUGCAGCUCCGGAAAGAUGAACCAGAUUUGCUGGGAAACCUGAAAGAAUUCUUGGAUAAAAUGACAUACUUGAUUAAAGAAGCUAAGCAUGCAAAAGAAACGCUACAGUUCAUGCUGGAAAUGAAAGUUGCUGAUCAUAACAAGAAGGUACAACAACUAUAUGAUGAAAUGGAACAGCAAACAGAGAAGGAGAGACAAAGGCUCCAGUAUGAGAGUAAAACCAGGAGUCAGUUGUAUAGUAUGGAGAUGGAGAAAGUGCUGACUAUCAAGGAACAGGAAAUACAGAAUUUCCUUACUAUUCAAAAAGAGCUUGAGACUCACCUCCUCACCCUUAGGAAAAAGCAGCAUGUGGGCAGUGCCCAAACCGAAGAACUCAAGCGAACCAAUAGGGUGCUUGAGAAACAGCUACAGGAAACUCUUUGUCAACUUCAACAGACUCAACACCGCCUGGAUAAAAUGAAGGGUAGAAUAUCCCAAAUGCACAAAUAUGGCAGGGCAUUUAAUGAUGUUACAUCAAUGAGCAACGCUGACUCAGACUCCAGAAAAAGAGUGAUCUCUAUUGAAGAAGAUCCUGUGGCAAACUCUAUUGGAGAAGGCCCUUAUUUCCCUGAGGAACCUGUAGGACAAAACUCUUUGUUCAAAGAACUGAAUGAAGCUAUAGCAGCUCAGAUCAAAGCAUCUGAGUCACACCAACAACAAAUAAAUGACUUUGUUGUUCAAGGACGGGAACCUAUGGCUCAAACUAAGCAAAGUGGAAAUUCUCAGAAAAGGUUCAUACAGGAAAAAAUACCUCCAAAGGAAGCUCCCUCAAAAAGUAGUGGUCCAGAAAAGAGGACUUCUGAAAUACUUAUUGGCAAGGCCAGAUUACAAGGAGAGAUGCAUCAUAAAGAAGGACCAAAUCAAGUUCAGGGCAGUUGUCUGGAGGUGAAGCAGAAUAAUCCCAGAGUCAAAAUGCCAGAGCCCAUGCCAAGAAGAAGUCUUAUGCCUGAGGCUCAACCAUUGGCUUAUUCAGGGCUGAAGACACAUGUUGAUAGUGACUGCAAAGAGGGCUCACUGCUAGCUUUAGAGCAAGGAGUGAUAAGGUUAUCUCCAGAGAUGAAAAUGCCAGAUAAAGACAUAUUUGAGACUUUGGUGAAAGAUGUGACACCAUCUGAUUUUUCACACAGGAGCUCUUUGCCCAACGUGAACAUUGGAAGUGGAUCCAAAAGUUCAUUUGUCCCAAACAGCCAAUUUAAAAAUAUGCCUGAGCCAGAAGUGCAGGCAACCCCCCCCAAAGAGCCAAAAAAACUGUUAUCAGAAAAUAGACCAGACAGAAACAUGCACAUAUCGAGUUGUAAGAAUAAUCAUGACGUUAAAGCAAUAAAGGAUGAAGAAGCAAAAGUUAAAGCAGAUAAUAGGGAUUGCCAAAUGAAUGUAGGCACAAAAGAAAGUUCUAACGUCACCAAAGCUGUUAGUUCUCAUCCAGAUCACUUGUACAAUGUGCUCUUUGUAGGAAAUACUGAUGUUGGCAAGACUUCCUUUUUGUGUCGGCUACAGGAGGAUUCAUUUAGUGGAAAUGUGACUGCGACUAUAGGAAUUGACUAUCGGAUCAAAAACCUCUUUGUGGAUGACAAGUGCUUCACUUUACAACUGUGGGACACAGCUGGACAAGAAAGAUACCACAGUCUCACCAAGCAGUUCUUCCGAAAGGCUGAUGGAGUGGUAUUGAUGUAUGACAUCACCUCAGAAUGCAGUUUUGCCGAUGUCAAGUAUUGGCUCAGCUGCAUCCAGGAAGGAGCAGGAAAUGAGGUUAUUGUUCUUCUGCUUGGUAACAAAACUGACUGUGCUGCUGAAAGAAGAGUAUCAAUGGAGGAUGGUGAAUACUUGGCCAAGGAAUAUGGACUCUCAUUUUAUGAAUGCAGUGCUGCUUCCGGUCACAAUGUGACUGAUUCCAUGGUCAAGUUAGUCAGGUUGCUGAAAGCCCAUGAAGACCAGCUAAAACAGGAAUUUCUGGAGUUAACAGUAAUACCUAAAAAGAAAAGCAGUUGUUGCUCGUAACAAUAGUGAAAAGAUGAACACAAAGUGUUAAGAGCUAAUGCAUAUCAGCAGAUUUGAUGUAAUUAUCUGUAUUUUGUAUCAUCUGGCAUGGAGGCUACUUCAUAUAGUGCUGGAACAGAGCCAUUUCAUAAGACCAGGUUUAGACUGAUGGCAUGCAUUAUAAAGCAGAUCUCAAACUUUCCAUCUCAUACUGUACAGCAAAAGUUUCAAACUUUGGUCUAUAGAACUUGCAGAAUGAGCAAGAAUAUCUAUAAUUUAUUUAUAUUUUCUGACAUCAUAUUGGCAAAUAGGGAGUUUGUUCCCAAAAGGUACCAAAUACCCGCAAAAUGAAAAGUGAGUUAUAGAUGUCAGCACGUUGAUGGCUAGGAGUAGACUAUUAUCCACAAAUCUAAACUAUCAAAAUACAUAUAUCCAAUCAGUUCAGUACAGGACUUGGGGAAAAUUGGAUUUUAUGUCAAAAGAAUGCUUAUUCUCAGCACAUUCCCCCCACCCCCUGAUUCCUGUAAAAAUUGUUCAGAUGGAUUUGAUACCUUUUGGAAACAAGUUCCACAAAUGUAUAAGUGACACAAAAAUACAUAUUUAAUUAUUCUCUUUUAAAAACUCUUCCAUUUUUCAUUCUUUUCAUUCUAUAUAUAUGUGUGAUUAAUAACUUUAGUCAGUCAAGCCACUAGCUAGAGUAAAUUUCCACUGAAGGCAUUUCACAAUGAUCUUGUUCAUGGGGAACAUAAAACAUUGAUACUAUACAAAUCAUGAGACAGACCAUAGCAUGUUUAAGUGAGGCUCUGAACAAAUCUGAGUUAUAACGUAUCACUGAAGUCUAUAGGAAUUUUGCCACAAAACUUCAAUAGGUACUGGAUGGCGAUCUUAAUUCACAAGCAUCUAUUUGCAUUGAUAAAUUAAGGUGAACACCACACAUAUAACUUUCUAUGUCACUGGCAGUAUGGUACUUUCUUGGGGUCAAGGGAGAGCCAGUCUGCCAUGUUCUUGACUUCAGGCAUUUCAGAACACUGUGAGUGUAAAAAUUGAUGGAUUUCUCUGAAUAAUUGUAUAGCUAGAGUUGUAAAUCAGUUGUUCUCACUGUCUAAUAUGGACAUACUUCUCUUUGUCCCACUACUUUCUUAUACUCAUUUGGUGGGACAAAAAAGAGGGCCUUCUUGGUGAUGGCUCCCAGCCUUUGGAAAUCCUUCCCUAAGGGAAACAGUGUGUCUCCCUCCUUCCAUUGGCAAUUAGAAACAUUUUAUGUCACAAAGCUCCAAAAAAUUGAAUAUGUUGGCCUUUUAAUGACAUGCUACGCAGAUUUGUGGUUUGUCGAAUCUAUAAAUAAAAUUUAUUUUAAUGUUCUGUUGUUUAAAUUAUAAAAUGCUAAUUGCUUUAUAAUUAAUGUUUAUAUUGAUACUUUUACCAGUGUUUUUAUACAGCAUUUUAAUCCAAAUCUGUAAUUUGGGGACAAAAUUAUUAGAAAUAUAAUGUAUAACAGUAUCAUCAGGCUAUGUAUAUCAGGUGUGUAUGAAACAUAAAUGAAUUUUGUGUUUAGACCUGGGUCCCAUCUCCAAGAUUAUGUAUAUGCAAACACUCCAAAAUUCACAAAACAACAACCCUGAAACCCC